CGCUUGAUGUCCGCUUUCCCACCGCUCAGAUAGCGCUGUCACUUUCACGCCAAAGUAGAGUGGUCCUCCGGACAGCAGUCGCUUCAGAGCCCUCCAGCGAGUAACUGCGAAAAUGAGAGCGAUGACUGGUCUGGGAAGCCUGCUGCUAGCUGCAGUGUUGGGGACGGCCUGUGCCCAAGACUUCGCCGUGAAGGUUAACGUGGCCGGCGUGGGAAUGCUCGGUGGCUCCUUAGCCUGGACCAAGCGCCAGAAUCGAACCAUCUACCAGUUCCUGGGCGUGCCCUACGCCAACGUCACCACCAGGUUCCAGGAGCCGUCGCAGCCGGUGAACUGGACUGGAACGAGGAACGCCACAGCCUACGGCCCCGCCUGUGUACAGUUCUUCUCUUCCGGAAGCUCCAGCUUGCGCCAUCCCGCAGCUGACGUCGACCCCGUGCUGGUGGCGGCGGCGGCGAUGGCGACUCCGCUCAGCCAGAGCGAAUACUGCCUCACCAUGGACAUCUACUCGCCGAACAUGACGGCGAAGCUGCCGGUGCUGGUGUACGUGCACGGUGGGGCGUUCGUGGGCGGCUCCUCGCAGCAGGUGCAGCCCCACUUCCUGCUCGACCACGACAUCGUGCUGGUGGCGCCGCAGUACAGACUCGGCCCACUCGGUUUCCUGAGCCUGCAGACGGACGACGUUCCCGGCAACGCCGGCCUCAUGGACCAGCUGGCGGCGCUGCAGUGGGUCCACGACCACAUCAGCCAGUUCGGUGGCGACCCCGCCAAGGUGACGCUGGCCGGCGGCAGCGCCGGCGCCGCUUCAGUAGCGCUGCUGCAGCUCAGCCCACUCUCCAAGCCGACCACUGGAGCGCUGUUUCAGCAAGUGUUCCUCGAAAGUGGUUCGGCGCUGGCUCCAUGGUCGGUGGAGGACGAUCCCCUGUCGAGAGCGGCAGUCAUAGCCAACUCCGUUAAAUGCACCGACGAGACUCUUCUGGCGGAAUGCCUUCGAAACGCUACCAUCCCUGCACUCAUGAUAGGAUUCGUGCAGAGCGCGAUCGACGACAUGUUGAGUGGUGGUACGGGCCUGGGAGGCGCUCUGCCCGUGGUGCAGACGAAUAUCACCGAAAAGGCAGUCCUAACGAAGAAGCCGUUGGAUGCCAUCCGGGAUGCCGACUUCCGCGCCGUGCCCAUGCUUGUGGGCGUGGCCAAGCACGAGGGCAUCAUGCCACUGGCCUUGCUGGGGAUCUAUAAUCGAAUUAUUAAUAGUACAUACGGGGAGGACUUCUACCAGACGAAAACGGUGAACGACCUGGUGCGACGGGUUAUGAUGAUAGAAGAGAACCGAGUCGCCACCGACGCAGUUGCCGACAAGUACUUCAAACCCGGCACCCUGGACAGCCUGGACGCCAUGAGGCCAAGUCUGAUCGACUUGGCCGGAGCUGUUCACUUCAAAGGGCCUGCCCUCACGACAGUGGAGUUCAACUCUAAAACUGGAAACACGACCUAUUUAUAUUCCUUCAACCAUCAAGACAAGUACAACUACGAAGCGGUGGGUCAUGGCGGAGAUUUUCCAUACCUGUUCCCUCAGCCCAACGUAAACUUGACAGCCGAAGAAGACAGCGUAUCGCAGAAAAUGGUACAACUUCUGGCCAACUUCGUCAUUUACGGGAAGACAACCGCCAGUCCUGUGGCCGGGGUGCCGGAGUGGCGGCCGUACACGCUGCAGGACCCAUCCUUCCUGCUGGUGGACAAGGCGCCGCAGCUGCGGCAGGACUUCGAGCGGCAGCUGACCGUCGCGGCCUCGGAGGGCCUCCGGAAGCAGGCGUCGGCCGCCACCGCCUGCUGUGUCGCCAGCGUCGCGACGCUGGUGGCCGUCGUCGCCGCCUCCCUGGCCUUCCACUAGGCGGCAGGGGCAGUACGACAGCCGGGCCGCCCCCACAGCAACUCGCCACGUCCGGCUGCUCGGGAGACAAACUGUUUAUUCUGCACAAAAGAUAACUACAGCUGUAGGACUGAGCCAGUGUGUGACAAGCCACGUCAAAAGAUUCUACUACACUGCUCAAAAGAAUUAUGGGAACAUGACCUUGAGCGUCUGCUGUACUCCACUGAGCAAUAAUUGAGGACUGGGCAUAUUAACAACAAAACAUCAUUAGAUACUCGCUCAUUUAUGUAACAAGAACUGAAAGUGCCGACAGGUGUCGAAAACAAAGUGGAAGCGAUCAUUCAUCUCGUCAUCCUCGGCGCUUUGGACUUUCAGAGCUUUAGUAGAGCAUGUGCGCUCUUGAGCGUUUAUCACCGCCUGAGACUUACGUGGGAAGUCUACGAGGUCAUCCUGUGGUAUCCGUUCACAUUCUUGAUGAGAGUCUCUGAGAGCUCUUGUAGGGUCUGUGUUGGAACAUGUCGACCACGGACGCGUCUACCAAGCAUGUCGCGCACAUGCUCGGUGGAGUUUAGGUCCGGACUCACUGCUAGCCACUGCAUUACUACGAUGCUCCUGCUUUGUAACACAUCCACAUGGACCCUGGCGUUAUCGCGCACGAGAAGGAAUUCAGUGCCACUGCCACAUGCAGCGUCCACCACACAGUCCAACAAGGUCUGUUCGAUGCUCUGCCUGGACUUAAGGCGACCGUGAGACAACGAUAACGUCCUAACGAUUGUCGACGCUGAUCCCUCUCCCUACACCGUCACACAACCUCCGCUGCAUCUGUCGAUUUUAUGGACAUCGUUUGGCAGGUAUCGCUCAUCGCGAUGUCUCAACACCCGGACACGGCCAUCGCCUUGCGUCAGAGCAAAAUAUGGGCUCGUCUGUGAAUAACACGUUUCGCCAGUGACGAAGUUGCCAGUAUACGUGGGAACGACGGAACUGAAGCCGAGCUGCGAGAUGUUGUCGCGACAAGCAGUGCGUCGUAACGUCCUUUCGCGUAACCUGUUGCUUACAGUUUGCUCCGAGCCAGCAGCUCCAGUGGCUGUUCUGAGGUGGUCUCGCGGUAUUCGUAUGAGGCUCCAACGCAGAGAUGGCCAGAUAUCGGUCUUCAGGUGGCGUUGUACUGCGUCGGCGACCUUGUCCAACUCGGCUUGUGUACUGACGUGUCUGCUUGUAGCGUGUCCGCAACCUAUGGAUGACAGAUGGAGACAUGUUGGAAUCUGCAGCAACAAGACGGAAAGUCCAUCCUUCUUGGAUCAAACAGCACUUGCACUAUAUUAUGACGUCGCAUUGUGUGUGCCUGGUUGAAAGGAACGUACAGUCAUCUGUGUACGUCGCUAGAGAACACCUGACCAGCGGUACUCAUUUCCUUCUGACAGGCCAUCUAAUUCUUCAGUGCAUAACACAGCCAACAGGCGAGGAUUGACUUCAGCUGUUGCAUACACUAAAAGCGAAGAGCAUUGCAAUAAGACCAGAGGUACGGUUUGUAUCAAAAUUGAUUUAACAUGCCGGACGUUGACUUUCGUGUUUCCUUAAUUGUUUUAAGCAGUGUGCAUACCAGCAAAAGCCUCUCUGCUCGCCGCUGCGAAUCGAAUACCUACAGAAAACUGAGAGUGGAGAAAUUCAUUACAAAACAUUAAACACAUUAGCUUUAGUCUUUCUCUGCUCGUGAGUGUGUGCUCAUAGUUCAAGAGCUUGAAGGUGUGUGACAACUGUACACGUUAAAAUUAGCUUCAAUUUGUUUUGUGAAAAUAUUUGCCUUUCUUCUGGGAGCAAUAAAAGUAUGUGGGUAGAUGAAGUAGUCUGCAUUCUGUGACAUGAAAUAAACUUAAUCA